AUGGGAAAUAUCACGUCAGCGAUAACACCCGAUCAAAUUCUGCCCGUCGAAACGUUUAUUAACGAUCUGCCAAAUAUGCGCUUCGUCAAGAGCUUGGGCAAUACUCGAUUCAUGAAGGUCGCAAAAGCUGAUUUUUUAGAUGGUUCAGUGAUUCCUGUUGUAUUGAAGUUUUUUAUACCGCAUGAAGAGGAUUUUUUAGUUGGUCGUUAUGUGGAUCAAGUGUAUCUGGUUCGAGAUUUGCUAUAUACUGCAUAUAAUUGUUGUCCAUUCAAAAACGUUUUCGUAACACAGCGUUGUGUAAUUCUUUCUCGUCAGUAUUACAAGGAAACAUUAUACAAUCGGCUAAGUACUCGGCCUUUUCUUCUGGAUAUUGAAAAGAAGUGGAUUACAUUUCAAUUGUUAAAAGCAGUGGCUCAAUGUGAAGCGGCAGAUGUUUGUCACGGUGAUUUAAAAUCGCAGAAUGUUGUUAUUUCAAGUUCAAACUGGGCUCAAAUCACGGACUUUGCUACUUUUAAACCAGCUUUUGUUGCAUCGGAUGAUCCAUCUUAUUUUACAUUCUUCUUUGAUACUAGUCGGCGAAGAACAUGUUAUUUGGCACCGGAACGUUUCUAUCCUAGUCAUCAAAUCAAAUUGUAUACGGACGCUCCCAGACAGUUUUUGGAUAUUUCAAAAGGCCUUACGCACGCGAUGGAUAUAUUUUCAUUAGGAUGUGUACUUGUUGAAUUAAACUCAACUGUCGAGGAAUAUUAUCCAUUUAGUUAUGGUGAACUUGUUAAAUAUAAGGAAAUGAACGACCAAGAAGCAGAUAUUUUCGUGCAGAAUAUUCUGGAGAAGGUUCCUCAUGCUUUGAGAAGAAUGAUCGGAUUAAUGUUGAACAGAAUUCCAUCUAAACGAUUGACUGCGACGAAGCUCUUGCAAAAAUUUGGUCCUGAAAUAUUUCCUCCUCUUUUCGAAAAUUUGCUUUAUGAUUAUAUUUAUGCAUUUCGUCCAAAAUUUUCUUAUUCAAAUGAUUCAGUUGAAGAAAGCAACCAAAACUUAAUUUUAAUGGAUUCAGAUGAUGCAAUUGCAAAAUUGGCUCGUGAUAUGGACAUGAUAAUGGAGAUGCUUUGUAAAGCGAACAAUGGUAAAAGUGAUGAACAGUUAUCAUGUGUUGCACUUUUUAUCACAUUAGUAGCAUCUAAUUUAAGAGCUUUGAAAUCAGUGGCUUCAAAAUCGCGUUUUGCUACAGUUGCAGAUCCAUCAGUUAUUGCUGAUCGAAUUUUACCAUACUUGGUUAUUUUUCUUUCUUUUAUUUUUGCUUGUGAUUUUUCUUUUGUGUCCUGCGGUUUUACGGUGCAUAUGGCUUUAAAUUCCUUAUCUUAUGGUGAUUUAUUUGCUGUUAACUAUAUACAGGUUAAUAUGUUCUAUGAUUCUUCAUUGCAAGUUAGAAGUGAAGCAAUUUAUAAAAUAACCGCUAUUCUAUCAUCUUUGGAAAAAAUUCCCAUUCGAGAGACUCGUCUUUUCAUUGAUUAUUUGUUUCCACAUCUGAAGAUUGUAUCUACAGAUCCUUCCAAUUUAGUGCAGAUGGCAUUGGCGGAAAAUUUAGGUAUCUUAUCGGAAACUUCUGUCAGAUUCUUAUACCAAAGUUCGAAAAAUUUAACAAUUGAUCUUCUUGGCAAUUCAACUGUCGGCGAAGCUGAAGAAAAAGCUGAUUGGGAGAAUGAAUUAGCUCGUCAAGAGCUGAGAGCGCUUCAUGAAGCAGUGAAUGAAAUUUUUAUAAAUCUUUGUGGUUCAGAUAAUUGUGUUAAGCAUUGUUUGGUAGCAUCAAAAUCCUUCCCUAUGCUUUGCCAAUUUUUCAAUCGUCAAAGAUCAACGGAUGUUUUGUUGUCGCACAUGAUUACGUUCUUGAAUGAUAAAGUUGAUUGGCGUCUUCGAGCCGCGUUUUUCGAAUGUUGUCCAAUAACAGCAAAGUUCGUUGGUCGACAAAGUACUUUCAUUCUUAGAUCACUUCUGCAACAGGGUAUACAUGAUUUCGAAGAAUUCGUGCAACUUCGUGCAUUUUGGUGUAUUUGUACAUUAUGCAAGGAUCAACUGUUGGAUAAAGCAGCUAUUUACGAGUUAUUAGAUGAUGUUGUGCCUUUUCUUUCUCAUCCGAAUGAGUGGUUGAGACUGGCUGUGGUGAAUAUUUUGGUUGCCCUUGAUGAAUCCUUAAAUGUGGCUGAUGUACACUGCAAAUUAAUGCCUCUUAUAAAAUCUCAUCUUAACGAGAAUCUUAUUAAACUUAAUAACAAGUUUAUAUUAAUUGCAACACUUCGUCCUCCGAUAUCCCGGGCUAUAUGGGCAUUUGUGGUCAAUGAAUCACCACUAAUUCCUCUUCUUGAUUACCUUGCUGAAAAGCAGAUGUUUAUCGCUCUAGAAGGUGGACCGAAUUCAAUUAUAGCUACAAAUAGGAGCAUUAAUCCAUCAAGUUAUGAACUGGAAUUAUGCUUGAAGCGACUGGAGAUACUGGGUCUCAAUAAUGAAUUUGAAGAGAAAUUGGUCAAAUUUAAUAACGUUCUCAGGAAGAUGCACAGCUUUCGUGUUAGUAUGAUCGAUGGUCGGCAAAUUUGCAAACAUAAUUCCAUUGAUUUAAAUCUUCUGCCUGAUGUGAUGCCUAGAAAAUUUGAUCUCACUAGUCAAUCACAUACUCAUGAAGCUCAAAAAUACGAGGAAGCUGUAGAUUGGAGCAAUCUUUUCGGUGAGGAGCCUCCUGAAGUUAUGAUUUCUGAUAUUUGUGUAGCAGGAGUUUCAGACAGUUUUUUUGCGUCAAAAUUUCAGGAAUAUGAUAUGAAUACAUCGUCUUCUUGGGAUCUUACUGUGCGAUCAUCGUCAUGUAGAAUUUCUCUGUUGAAAUUAUUUAUGUACAUGCGGCAAUGCUAUUUGAAAAAGACAUUACUGCAUCCAAAAUCGAAUCGUUUGGUGCACGAAAGAGUCGAAAUGAAUACCUCUAUAAUAGCUCGUACUCAGCAAGUCGGCACUCAGUUUUUAGGUCAAAUAUACGCACACAAACCUGUUCUUAGGAAGAUUGCUCUUAAUAAUCGUGAAUCACACUUUGUAAGCGCUGGGUCCGAUGGUUUUGUAAAAGUGUGGUCAGUUGGCCGAAUAUUAUCGAAACGCACUGGUAUGAUGAUCCCGGAAGGAACUUUUUCUUACGGUCGCGAGAUAAAUUCAGUUAAAUUUAUUGGUUACGAUGACCGUCUUGCGAUUGCAACUGGUGACUCAAGGAUAUGCAUUGUUGAUACUAAACAUUUAGGGCUUAUCACGACGAUAAAUUUUUUAGAAACUGAUCAUGGAGCCCCUAUAGAAUUAAUAGGGGCUAAUAAUUUACUAUUUGUUCGUACAUUUCAUGGAUCCAUAUUUUGUUUCGAUUGCAGAAUACCGCAGACACGUAAAUUUGGAAUCAAACCUUCUCCAAUAUGGCAUCAUAAAGUCAAAGAUGCUUAUGGUUUGAUUACCUCGUUUUGCACUGAUCCUUCGAAUCUUUAUUGGAUGUGUAUGACGAGUACGAACAGGAAUCUUAUUUUAUGGGAUUUAAGAUUCGGUUUGGAAGUGAAUAACUGGCCUCAUCCUUGUAAAAAGUGCCGCAUGAUGCGUUGUUGGCCUGCCUUAAAUAUGGGAAAUACUUCCGGACCAUGCAACGAAGUAUGGACUUCUGCAUCGUGCAGCGGUGAACUUUCGCGAUGGAGUCUUGAAACUGGUCAACGUUCACAUGAUAGGUAUACUAUCACAUCACUAGUCACUUGCCCUUCUUCUGGUCGGAUAUUUGUUGGCGAUUGUUUUGGAGCUUUAAGAUCAUUCAAUCUUAGAAGCGCGAAAGAAUGCUUCUAUCUUUCUGGGCCACUAAGGCAAACUCAGGAUAUAAUUAGUGCAUCUGCAUCACAUCAAAAUGAUAUUCGUUAUAAUGUAACGGUUGUGGAUACUAUUGAUGUUAUUCAUGAGAAUUCCUCAGACUGUAAUGUCAAAUCGCUCUUCGGCAGAUCCAAUAAAAUGCAGCCCGAAAUUAGCCAUACUUGUGCUAUUGAAGGAUUAUUACGGACUGGUGAUUUGCUAAUAUCAGCUUCACGUGAUGGAAUAAUUAAUAUAUGGAAAUGA